GUGUGCGAAAGAAAGGGUGGUGAACGUAUUUUCUACGUUCUGUCACGCUUGAAGCCUAAAUGUGUAAAGACAUCGCCCCCGGAUUAUGGGAACCGGGCAGUUUCAAUCUUUCAUGACUUUGGUGGCUAUCUACCUGACGAUCUUUUCCAGCGUGGAGUAACUAAGUUUAUUGAGAAAUUCCAAGUAGAACACAAUGAACCUAAGCUAUCUUAUGAGCAUGUGGAGUUGCACAUUGAUCCACAUCACCAAGUGGUUCUGAAUGUAGCUACUGUCAAGCAUCGUCGUAUGUUUAAGACAACUAUCAUCAGACUAAAAAUAAUUAAUCGCACUCAGCUUACCAAGGAAGAUGAGCCCUCACCGACAGUGUGUAAGGAGGUGUUGAGUUUCCUGGAAACUAAACUAAAGAUAUUCUGUCAGAGUGGUGCACGAGGCAUUGAAUUAACGAGGUACAUUGCUUGCGAAUGUAGCGACGCCCACAUGCAUAUCGUGCGCAAGUUUAAUAAGGAUGUGCUGCCAUGUGGAAGUAAUGGACUUGAAGUGAAGCGCUACCGCCGACUAUUUGGAGAUUACGUGCCACGAUCGCAAGAUCAUUCGCAGCCUCAGAUAGCAGUAACUAAACUCAAAGGUAUGUUUUUAACUACUUAA